GUCAACCGGUUUGAGGUCACAGAUUGCUCGUGAGCAGAUCGAGGCAUUUUAUAGCUAGACGUGGAAAAUGGCGCACAUGAUAAGAUCCAAGUUCGUAUUCUUGUCAUUAAAAUAUGCUAAUCGUGCUGCGCCUCGUAUUUCUGUGCCCUUAAAAUAUCAACGAUUAUGUUUUCACACCAGCUGGAUUCUCGAUGUGAAAGGAAAAGAAUUAUUAAUGCCUUCUUUAUCGCCUACUAUGGAAAAUGGUACGAUAGUGAAGUGGUUAAAGAAUGAAGGCGACAAGAUUGAACCUGGUGAUGCUAUCGCAGACAUUCAGACUGACAAGGCUAUCGUUACAAUGGAAUUUGAUGACGAAGGUGUAUUAGCAAAAAUAAUUAUACCUGAAGGAACAAAAGAUAUUAAAGUAGGAACUCUGAUAGCUCUUACUGUCGAAGCUGAUGAAGAUUGGAAAACAGUCGAACUUCCAGAUCAGACAGCAAAGGCUCCCGCAGCAACGCCAGCUGUUACUCAAGCAGCACCUGUCGCAGCAGCUGAAGCUCCACCGCCUGGCCAGCAAAAUGUUUUCAUGCCUGCCCUAUCGCCAACCAUGACAACAGGCACAAUUGUAAAAUGGUUGAAGAAAGAAGGUGAUGAAAUACAACCAGGUGACGCAUUAGCUGAUAUACAAACAGACAAAGCUAUUAUGACUUUUGAAUUAGAAGAGGAAGGCAUACUUGCCAAAAUUCUGGUUCAAGAGGGAUCUCAGGUAGAAAUAGGUCAGUUGAUUGCGAUUACGGUUGAGAAAGGGAUGGACUGGAAACAAAUUGUUGUUCCAACGUCAACCAAACCAUCAGCUGCGCCUGCAGCACCAAGUCCUGCUCAACCAACUGAUGCAAAACCACCGCCAAGUGAACAAGUAUAUGGUUUAGCAGUAAAAAGAUUGCUGGAAGAAUAUGGUCUAAGUUCCGGGUCGAUCAAGGGCACCGGCCGUACAAAUCGUUUACUGAAAGGCGACGUUCUCGCGUAUAUUCAGACGCACAACAUCCAAAAGGUUGCGCCUAAAUCCACACCGGCUCCAAGCACUGAUAAGGCACGUCCUUCUAGUCCAGCAGAGAGGCCUGUUUCUGGCAAGCCAUCUCCGUAUGAAGAUAUCGAAAUAUCCAAUAUUCGCGCCGUUAUCGCUAAGCGACUUGGAGAGUCAAAGAGCACUAUACCGCAUUCUUAUGCGGUUAUAGAUAUACAUAUCGACAAAUUGGUCGAGCUUCGUAGUAAACUAAAAACAGAGAAUAUAAAUGUAUCGCUUAAUGACUUUAUUAUUAAGGCUGUCGCUCAUGCGCUUCUCGAGUGUCCUGAUGUAAAUACGUUAUAUCAAAAGGAACAAAUUGUUCGAGUUCCAAAAGUAGAUGUAUCUGUAGCAGUCGCAACACCAACAGGCCUUAUUACACCAAUAGUAUUUGACACUGCCACUAAAAGCUUAACAGAUAUUUCUAAAAACGUUCGAGAGUUAGCCGAGAAGGCGAAAAAAGGACAGCUCAAACCACAUGAAUUUCAAGGAGGAACAUUCACAAUUUCGAAUCUGGGAAUGUUUGGCAUCAAGGAAUUUUCCGCCAUAAUAAAUCCUCCACAAACUGCUAUUCUUGCUAUAGGCGCAGGACGUGAAGAAUUAGACCUUUCGUUAACGAAAGUAACAAAAAUGUCAGUGAAACUAUCGUACGAUAGGCGGGCGAUCGACGAGGAUCAAGCAGCUGACUUUUUGGCUGUUUUAAAAGCUACGUUAGAAGAUCCAGCUUUUCUAGCAGCUGGCAAAAUGCAGGCAUUAAGGUAUCAACGUGAUGCAUAUUAAUCUUUUUUAAUAAAAUAACAUCCCAUUGAAAUCAUUUAUUGCAAAAACAACUCUAUUGCUUGUUCUCACUCUAACUAUAAAAAUUAGAAAAAUAGAAUGUUAGAAAUUAAAAAAUUAAAUAUUUGAUGUAGCAAUUAUUAUUUUACACUGCUGUGCUUUUUAAAAAAUAUAGUUUAAGAAAAAAGAAAGUUCAAUGUCAAUUAACUCAUACGAUCGCAAUAAUAUAAUUAUUGACUGUUUUUGCAAUAAAGAGAUUGAUCAGUGUCAGUCCUAUUUUUCGUGCCACACAUAUUACCAGAUAUCAAAAGCACAAGCCAUAUGAAAAGCUAUUACAAACAACGCUGUUCAUUAUUAAACUUUGUUAUCCAACUUAGACCAAAGGGAAUACAUAAUUUAUAUAUUUAUACUGCCAACAAAAUUUUUAGCCAACCAAUGUCAUGGACAUAUUCUCACAUGUACAUUAACGUAAUGUUAAUUAAUUAGUAACAUACAAGUUGAGUUAAAUUAGAUUUUAAAGAUUAAUCUGUGAUUUUUAAAGCAUUCUUUAUUUCAAUUGUCAAAUUUUGUUUAAGAGAUUAGUAUCGUUGAAAAGUUUGAAAGGCAGAAAAUAAGAAUCUAUUAUUCUGUAUUUAGAUUCUUGUAAAUAAUUAGGGCGCUUAAAUUUAUCUAUAUAAGCUCUUGUAAAUAUCUAAACAAAUGAUUGACUCUGAUAUAAUAUAUAAAUGUAUCAUAUAAAUACUGUA